CAAAGUCGGUAGCAGCUCCCGUGUAUUAGCGGUUUUUGUUUUUUAUUUUUCAACGAAUCGCUAUUAAUCAGCAAAUAUGUGUUAGCCAGCAAACGGGGAAAAUCAAGGCCCGUUGGUGCCUGGCAAAUCAAGUGAAAUUAUUCGCGUCGCUGUGAAAAAUUCGACAUUUCGAAAGUUGUGUGCGCUGGCAUCCGAAUUCGGGUCGAGUGGUGAAAAUAAAACUACAAACAUCCAACCAAAGAAAAAGAAAAUAGUCGGGGAAAACGCAACGGCAAAAAUGGCAGCGAGGACAGAAAUAAAAGACAAGUGAAAAGCAUUAUUCGGGCGUACUGAAGCCAAUAAACGACCUCUGCACCGAGAUCUAUAUAUUUUUUUUUUGUUGGUUCUGUUUCCCCACUUACCCAUUUAAAAACCCAAAAUCCGUAUAAACGUCACAAAACUAAACACCAAUAAAUAAAAACCUUUCCCCAAAUAACCAAGUUUUUAAGUGCAAUAAUAACACGGUAAUGCCGAGAAGAAGCUAGAAGAAGAAGAAGGAUAAUAAAGACAAAAAUAGAUACGAGUCAGCAGAGAGAGAGAGAGCAGUAAACAAAGGCCAGGAAUUACGAUCAAAAUACGGCGAGGGAUACGGCGGAGAGCAGAGAGCAGAGAGCAGGGGAAGAGGAAGAGGAAGAGACGGAUACGCAAUCCGGAAUCCGGAAUCCUCCAGUAAUCACUAGCACCAGCUAAAAGGACUCGCGAGCUAAAUGUCCUGUUGCCGCUAUCGUGCCAUACGGACGGCGUGUCACUCCCGACAAAUGCGUAUUGUGGUUGACCUUGUUUAAUAUAAUUAUGGCCGAGCGGUCGUUACAAAAGUAUCAGAAAUUGGAUACAGUGACGGUUGGAAGCGGCUCAGGAAGUAGUGCAGGCAGAGCAUCAACAGGACUCCUUAGGCGGGGGGGCACUUGGGUCGAAAGGGAGCCCAUCGCUUAGCUGAUAGAAUGGGUGGCCCGAAAAAAGAGGAAAACCCACCAGGUGGUGGUCCGACGUCAUUGUUUAUUCUAACCGAGGAUAACCCAAUAAGGAAGUACACACGAUUCAUCAUUGAAUGGCCGCCCUUUGAAUACGCUGUGUUAUUGACAAUCAUAGCCAACUGUGUUGUGUUGGCACUAGAGGAGCACUUACCAGGGGGCGACAAGACAGUAUUGGCUCAAAAAUUGGAAAAAACGGAGGCCUAUUUUUUAUGCAUUUUCUGUGUAGAAGCGUCGCUCAAGAUCCUCGCCUUAGGGCUUGUUCUGCAUAAACACUCCUAUCUCAGGAAUAUUUGGAACAUCAUGGAUUUUUUCGUUGUAGUUACGGGAUUCAUGACACAGUACCCACAAAUAGGGCCCGAGGUAGACCUAAGAACACUUAGAGCCAUUCGUGUGCUACGGCCCUUAAAAUUAGUGUCUGGAAUUCCUAGUUUACAAGUAGUUUUAAAAUCUAUAAUCAAGGCGAUGGCACCUUUACUGCAAAUCGGUCUCUUGGUGUUGUUUGCAAUCGUAAUUUUUGCAAUCAUUGGACUCGAGUUUUAUUCGGGCGCACUGCAUAAGACUUGUUAUAGCUUAGAAGAUCCAAACAAACUAGUGAAGGAGGGUGAAUCAGAGACGCCUUGCAACACGGACAACGCCACGGAAAAGGCAACCGGAUCGUUUGUAUGCAACAACACCACGAGCAUGUGUCUGGAGAAAUGGGAUGGACCAAAUUCAGGUAUCACGAGUUUCGAUAAUAUCGGAUUUGCCAUGUUGACCGUAUUCCAAUGUAUCACGAUGGAGGGCUGGACGUCAAUACUGUAUUGGACCAACGACGCAUUAGGUUCAGCAUUUAAUUGGAUAUAUUUCGUGCCUCUUAUAGUUAUAGGCUCAUUUUUUAUGCUCAACUUAGUUCUUGGUGUCCUUAGUGGUGAAUUCGCAAAAGAACGAGAAAAAGUAGAAAAUAGACAAGAGUUUCUUAAACUUAGAAGGCAGCAGCAACUAGAAAGAGAGUUAAACGGCUAUGUUGAAUGGAUUUGUAAAGCUGAGGAGGUAAUUCUAGCCGAGGAGCGAACAACCGAGGAGGAAAAAAUGCACAUUAUGGAGGCUCGCAGACGAAACGCAGCCAAGCGGAAAAAGCUGAAAAGCUUGGGAAAAUCAAAGUCAACUGACACCGAAGAGGAGGAAGCCGAGGAAGAUUACGGUGACGAUGGUUACCUGAAAACUCGCUCGAAACCUCAAGGAAGUUGCACUGGAUUUUGGCGGGCGGAGAAGCGGUUUCGAUUCUGGAUCCGACAUACAGUGAAGACUCAGUGGUUCUACUGGUUCGUGAUCGUCCUCGUCUUUCUCAACACAGUCUGCGUUGCCGUCGAGCACUAUGGACAGCCAUCGUUCCUUACUGAGUUUCUGUACUACGCGGAAUUCAUCUUCCUGGGACUCUUCAUGUCGGAGAUGUUCAUCAAGAUGUACGCGCUGGGGCCGCGGAUCUACUUUGAGUCGUCGUUCAACCGAUUCGAUUGCGUUGUCAUUAGUGGUUCGAUAUUCGAGGUGAUCUGGUCCGAGGUGAAGGGCGGCUCCUUCGGUCUGUCCGUGCUGCGAGCCCUGCGAUUGCUGCGCAUUUUCAAGGUCACCAAGUACUGGUCGUCGCUGCGCAAUCUGGUGAUAUCCCUGCUGAACUCGAUGAGAUCGAUUAUCUCGUUGCUGUUCCUGCUCUUCCUGUUCAUCCUGAUAUUCGCCCUGCUGGGCAUGCAGCUGUUCGGCGGACAGUUCAAUCUGCCGGGCGGAACGCCCGAGACCAAUUUCAAUACCUUCCCGAUCGCCCUGCUGACCGUAUUCCAGAUCCUCACCGGCGAGGAUUGGAACGAGGUCAUGUACCAGGGCAUUAUAUCGCAGGGCGGCGCCCAGAAAGGAAUGAUUUACUCUAUAUACUUUAUCGUUUUGGUACUCUUCGGAAAUUACACGCUAUUGAAUGUGUUCUUGGCUAUCGCCGUUGAUAAUUUGGCGAAUGCCCAAGAACUAACAGCAGCCGAAGAGGAACAAGUCGAAGAGGAUAAAGAGAAACAACUGCAGGAGCUCGAGAAGGAGAUGGAGGCCCUCCAGGCGGACGGGGUUCAUGUGGAGAAUGGUGACGGUGCCGUUGUGCCCAGCAAAUCGAGCAAGGGCAAAAAGAAGGAGGAGGAGAAGAAGGAGGAGGAGGAGGUGACCGAGGGUCCCAAGCCGAUGUUGCCAUACUCAUCGAUGUUUAUACUCUCACCGACCAAUCCCAUACGACGCGGCGCCCAUUGGGUUGUUAAUUUGCCAUAUUUUGAUUUCUUCAUUAUGGUUGUCAUCUCAAUGUCAUCAAUAGCAUUAGCAGCCGAAGAUCCCGUUCGUGAGAACUCAAGGCGAAACAAGAUACUGAACUAUUUCGAUUAUGCAUUUACCGGCGUAUUCACGAUAGAAAUGUUGCUGAAAAUUGUAGACUUGGGUGUUAUCCUGCACCCUGGCAGCUAUUUAAGAGAAUUCUGGAAUAUUAUGGAUGCUGUGGUCGUUAUAUGCGCUGCUGUUAGUUUCGGUUUCGAUAUGAGCGGUAGCAGCGCUGGACAAAAUUUAUCGACUAUUAAAUCGCUUCGGGUAUUGCGAGUCCUUCGCCCAUUGAAGACCAUUAAGCGGGUACCAAAAUUGAAAGCCGUGUUCGAUUGCGUCGUGAACUCAUUGAAAAAUGUUGUUAACAUUCUAAUCGUGUACAUAUUGUUUCAAUUUAUAUUUUCUGUUAUUGGAGUACAAUUGUUCAAUGGAAAAUUUUUUUAUUGUACGGACGAAAGUAAACAUACUUCCGCAGAGUGCCAGGGGUCGUAUUUCAAGUACGAGGAGGACGAAUUGCUGCCGAAACAGGAGUUGCGGGUUUGGAAACCGCGGGCCUUCCACUACGAUAAUGUUGCUGCCGCAAUGUUGACGCUAUUUGCUGUGCAAACCGGCGAGGGAUGGCCACAGGUCUUGCAACACUCAAUGGCUGCCACUUAUGAAGAUAGGGGUCCAAUCCAAAAUUUCCGGAUCGAAAUGUCCAUAUUUUAUAUUGUGUAUUUUAUUGUAUUUCCGUUCUUCUUCGUCAACAUAUUCGUGGCCUUGAUCAUUAUUACGUUUCAAGAGCAAGGCGAAGCUGAGUUGCAAGAUGGCGAGAUUGACAAAAAUCAGAAAUCCUGCAUCGAUUUCACUAUAGGAGCACGACCUCUCGAACGAUAUAUGCCCAAAAAUCGGAAUACCUUCAAGUAUAAAGUCUGGCGAAUUGUGGUUUCAACUCCCUUCGAGUACUUCAUUAUGAUGUUGAUCGUAUUCAACACGCUUUUGCUGAUGAUGAAGUAUCAUAAUCAAGGAGACAUGUAUGAAAAGUCACUGAAGUACAUCAACAUGGGAUUCACCGGAAUGUUCAGUGUAGAAACCGUGCUGAAAAUCAUUGGAUUUGGCGUAAAGAACUUCUUCAAGGAUCCGUGGAACAUAUUCGAUCUGAUCACAGUGCUGGGCAGCAUUGUAGACGCACUGUGGAUGGAAUUCGGGCACGAUGAUUCGAACUCAAUCAACGUCGGCUUCCUGCGUUUAUUUCGUGCGGCGCGCCUGAUCAAAUUGCUUCGCCAAGGAUACACAAUUCGAAUUCUCCUGUGGACAUUCGUGCAGUCCUUCAAGGCUCUGCCAUAUGUCUGUUUACUCAUAGCCAUGCUAUUCUUUAUAUACGCCAUUAUCGGCAUGCAGGUGUUCGGGAAUAUCAAACUAGGUACGGUGGAAAAUUCCAUUACUAGACACAACAACUUCCAAUCAUUUAUUCAAGGCGUCAUGUUGCUCUUCAGGUGUGCGACGGGCGAGGCCUGGCCGAACAUAAUGCUGGCCUGUCUGAAGGGCAAGGCCUGCGAUGAGGACGCCGAGAAGGAGCCCGGCGAAUACUGUGGAUCCACAUUGGCGUACGCGUACUUCGUGUCGUUCAUCUUCUUCUGCUCGUUCCUCAUGCUGAAUCUCUUCGUGGCCGUCAUCAUGGACAACUUUGACUACCUCACCCGGGACUCCAGCAUCCUGGGUGCCCAUCACUUAGACGAAUUUGUGCGCAUCUGGGCGGAAUAUGAUCCAAAUGCGACUGGAAAGAUACACUACACGGAAAUGUACGACAUGCUGAAGAACAUGGACCCACCGCUGGGAUUCGGCAACAAGUGCCCCAAUCGACUGGCCUACAAAAAGCUAAUCAGAAUGAACAUGCCCCUCGACGACGAGCUGAGAGUCCAGUUCACCACAACGCUAUUUGCUCUGAUUCGCGAGAAUCUCAGCAUCAAAAUGCGAGCGCCUGAGGAGAUGGACCAGGCGGACAUGGAGCUGCGGGAGACGAUCACGAAUAUCUGGCCGCUGCAGGCGAAGAAGAUGCUGAACCUGCUGGUUCCUCCGAGCGAUCAACUCAACAAGGGCAAGCUCUCAGUGGGUAAAAUCUAUGCAGGUUUCCUCAUCCUGGAGUCCUGGCGCAGCACCAGAUUCGGCCAACUCGAUUCGGGAAUGCCGAAACAAUCGUUCUUUAACUGCCUACUCGAUAUGGCCGCCCUCGACAAAGGAGGAUCGCGACAGGGCUCCAUAAGUUUCGAGCCGAAUGGGGAAGGAGCCGCCAACUCACAGACACAUUUGUUAGCCAGCACGCACCACCACCACGCAAACGGUGAUGCCGAACACAACAGUUUGGCAACACUAGCACGGCGGAGUACGAUCAGAAAGCGGUCAGUUAGAAACAAAAAGAUGCUGGAGCUGCAGGACGCAUCGCGACAUCCUUCGCAGGAAUCGCUUACCGGUGCCGAUGCUGGCCAUUUACAUCCUGGACAUUCGUACAUGAAUGGCCAUCGGCGAUCGCCUAGCUUGAGGCACAACGGCUCUCCAUUGGCCAGAUCUCCGAGUCCUCGACGGCGUGGCCAUCAAUACAUACAUCAUGAUAUCGGGUUCUCCGAUACCGUAUCUAAUGUUGUAGAGAUGGUCAAGGAGACCCGGCAUCCUAGGCACGGCAACAGUCAUCCGCGGUAUCCAAGAGGUUCAUGGUCAGCAUCGACAAGUCCGGCCCGUUCGCCUUCGCCUUCUCGAUAUGGUGGUCAUUUGUCUCGCAGUAAACGCACUCAACUGCCUUAUCCCACAUAUGGGACAACCAGUCUCUGUCAAAGGUCACGAUCGCCGAGUCCCGCUCGACUUCAGGAGAUGCGUGAACGAGACAGACUUGGUUAUGGGAUUGAUAUGGGUGUAACGCACGUGCAGCACAGUUACCCCACCUUGGCCUCCCGACGAGCUGGCAUUGGAAGACGACUGCCACCCACUCCCAGCAAGCCGUCGACCCUCCAGCUCAAGCCGACCAACAUCAACUUCCCCAAGCUGAACGCGAGUCCCACACAUACACACCACUCAACGCCCCACAGUGUUCACUCGCUGCCGCACCACCGCGACCUGCUGCGCGACCCCAGGGACAUGUACUACAGCAGCAGGGAGCGGGAGCGUGACCGGGAACGCCUUAGGGACCGUGACCGUGACCGGGAACGGGAUCGUGACCGGCUGCACGAGUACGACCUGCGCUACGAGUACAGGGACCGCGAGCGGGAACUCUACGAGCGCGAGCGGGAUCGCGAGCGGGAGGUCGAAAGAGAAAGACUGGAAUACAUAGCACCGCUGUCGUUCGAACAGGCACUCGCCAUGGGCCGCACGGGCCGAGUACUGCCAUCUCCGGUUCUGAACGGCUUCAAGCCGAAGAGCGGGCUGAAUCCCCGACACUCCGAUUCGGACGAGGAGGAUUGGUGCUAGC